AUCAGAUGUCAGAAAUGGGAGAAGAGCUCCCCUAUUUUUAAUUAUAUACAAUUUCUAGCCAGCCAAAGUUUAAUCAGUUAGCCUUGCGACUGCUUCGAGUUUACUUAGCUUCAUAAUAUAUUAAUGAAUAAAAUUGUCUUUGGUUGAUUAGUCGGUAAUAUAUAUAUAUAACUCCGCUUGUUCUGAAUUUGGGCCAUGUGAAAGUCUUCUUUCUUCUCUUUAUUACUUAUUUGUUUUGGGUUUCUCAAUGCCAAGAAAGGAAAUAUAGCUAUGGAGGUGGCUGAGAACCCAUCAUCAAUCUUGAAGAGGAUGAAACGAAGUCUAUUAAGCCAUCGAAGCACGUUGGUUACUUCUCUCUCUUGCUUCACAUGCUUCUCUUCUUCCUCAGAAGUUUCCUCUUCAGAUGAAAGCUCACAAGGAAGUCAGCAAAUUCUCCAAAAUGUUCAUGCCUUCUCAUAUAGAGAACUGAAAGUUGCUACCAAUAGCUUUCAUCUAUCGAACAAAAUUGGCGAAGGUGGAUUUGGUUCUGUUUAUAAGGGAAUGCUAGAAAAUGGGAAAUUUGUAGCUGUGAAGGUGCUAUCAGCAGAAUCAAGACAAGGAGACAAGGAAUUUUUAUCAGAAAUAGCUUCACUGUCCAGUAUUAGCCAUGAAAAUCUUGUUAUACUGCAUGGCGCUUGCAUUGACGGUCCCUGCAGAAUUCUUGUUUACGACUAUAUGGAAAAUGGCAACCUUGCUCAAAUUUUGCUUGGUGGGGACAAAAUUAAAAGAAAGUUUUGUUGGAGAGUAAGAAGAGAAAUCUCAUUAGGAAUUGCUGAAGGGCUGGCUCAUAUUCAUGAGGAAAUAAAACCCCAUAUUGUGCACAGAGAUAUAAAGGCUAGCAAUAUACUUUUGGAUCAGAAUUUUGCUCCUAAAGUUUCAGAUUUUGGGCUCUCUAAACUCUUUGCAGAUAAUAUCACCCACAUCAGUACAAGAGUGGCAGGCACAUUAGGUUAUCUUGCUCCGGAAUAUGCAAUUAGCGGACACUUGACAAGGAAAUCAGACAUAUAUAGUUUUGGAGUGCUGCUUCUUGAGAUAGUGAGUGGAAGAACAGCUGUUGAUUUCGACUUGGAACUUGGGGAACACUUCCUUGUCGAAAAGGCAUGGGAAAUGUACAAGGAAAACAAGCUUGUGCACUUAGUGGAUCCUAUGCUAAAUGGAAAUAACUUGAUAGAGGAAGAAGCAAUUAGAUUUCUAAAAGUUGCAUUACUUUGUGUUCAAGAGAAAUGUGGGCUCAGACCAAAAUUGUCAAAAGCUGUUAAGAUGAUGAGAGGUGAAAUCAACAUUAGCAGUAUAGAAAUAUCAAAGCCAGGACUUAUCAAUGAUUUCAUGAAUGUGAAGAUUGGAGAAAGAAGACAGAGCUCACAAAGCAUCACCACCAUUUGCAGCCCACAGUUAUACCCUAAUUUGUAAAUACAUGUAUAAUUUUCAUUUUUUUUAAAAAGUUGGAAUUUUUCUUUCAAUAGAUAGAUUGAGUAGAUUUGUAGUUUGUUAUCUUGUUUGGAAUGUAAAAACUCAAAACAUUUCCAGUGAAAAAGUAUAGCUACACUUGUUGUGGUCAAGUUAUAAAGUAGAAUCAUCUUGAAAUCCUAAAA